AGGAGGGAAUUUCAGUCUGCUAAAACAUAACACACUUAUCCUGAUAUGAAAAGUCAACAUUUAUAGAAUGUUUUUGUCACACUGAUACAGUUAUAUAGUGAUGUCAGCACGUAGAUCGAAAAGACAUAGAACAAAAUGAGGGAAAGAAAGAAAAUCAACUAUGCAGCUUUCGGGGACAAUGAUGAUGAUGACUUUGCUGACCCUUCACCUCAUGAAAGGAAGAAAUCAGCUCUGGCUAACAAAGAAAACAAGGACAAGAGCAAGAAGUCCGAAAGGGCUGUGAAACCAGUGAAGGGAACACAGAGACUGUCGUUAGAGGAGAAGCUAUUUGAGCGGGAUCUCCAGGCGGCACUAAACCUGUCUGUCAGUGAAUCCCAAGAAUCCAGUGAUGGAAUCGAGGCUCUGAAACCUGAAGACAAUUCUCAUCAAGUCACAGUUACAGUUGAGAGUGCACCUCCACUCUCAAGCGUCAAGAGUUCUGUGACGGAACCAGAUGUAACCUCUGGUAAAGUUGACCAAUCAGACACAGACUUGAAGCCAGGUUCAGACCAUCAGUCGCAGCAUGUCAUCACAGCGAGGAAGCGGCCGGCCGAAGUGGAGGAGGAUGAAGUCAUACAAAUCCUUGAGUCUGACAUCUUGUCCGGUGAGCAGCCAUCCAAACGGAGACGAGUCACAAGUGCACCGAAGAAAUCAAAAUAUGUGGACAGCGACUCUGAUGGGAGUGAGUUCGGAAUGGACAGCGAUAGCGAUGAGAGUUUCAGUGAAGGGGAUGACAGUGACUUUGAUGAUGGCAGCAAAUCGAAAUCUAAAGCCAGCAAAGCCUCAUCUGCAACAAAGACAAAACCUGUUCCGGCUGCUGUAACCAAGACAAAACCUGUUCCGGCUGCUGUAUCCAAGACAAAACUUGCUGUAACCAAGACAAAACCAGCUCCAGCUGCAAAAGUACAAAAACCUGCCACUCAACUUCAGUCAACCACUGGGAAGACAACAUCAGUUGUGCGGAAAUCAGUUUCCUCACCAGGUGGUGCAACUGUCUCCCCACAGAACAGACCUAAAGCCUCCACCAAAGGGCCCAAAACAUCGUGGACACCACCAGCCCUUUCAAGUUCAUGCAAGUCAGCUGUUGGGGGUAAUGCUAUGACAUCACCCUCUGCUGGCAUUCGCCUCGGGCUGUCUCGGCUGUCAAGUCCCGAACCAACAACAGUGUCAGGUCUUGUCAGCCCCUUCAUCCCACUCUAAUAGUAGGACAACAGUGACAGGUGCUUGUCAAGUCCCUUCAUCCCUUCAUCCCAGCCCCCUUCUCUAAAUAGUAGGACAACAGUGACAGGUGCUUGUCAGACCCCUUCAUCCCUCUCUACGAGUACAACAGCAACAGGUGGUUAUCAUCCUUUCCUUGGUUUGCACAGGUUACCUUUUUUCCUACAUUUGGGAGAUAUAUGUUGCCAUGGUUACCAUUAUGUUUGAAAGGUCACUUAGAUGUUGGUAUCCCAACAUGUUAUAAACACUGAUGUCAGUCUUGUUGGUAACUUGGACCCUUGUACUGAAGUAGACGGGAAAGUCGGUAGUACAGUCACUGGAUGUAUAAUGAUGUCCUCCAGUCGCUGGCGGUCAGCCAUGUCACAGAUUAGGACCUUCAACACCGGUGUGUGCAAUCAGCUUGCACCAACCUGGAUUGUAUCUCACCCAUGCAG